AUGACCACCAAGGCGUUCCCCCAAGAGUGCGACAUCGUCGCUACGCUGUCCCCCAAGGAAGGCAAGCUCGACAGGGUCGUCGAGCUUCUCACGGACCUGACGUCUUCUGUGCAGAAGAACGAGCCUGGAGUCUUCAGCUUCCACCUCUACAAGGACUUCGACGCCGAGACUGGAAAGGAGCAACUCGUGCUCGUGGAGAAAUAUGCCGAUAAGGCAGCGUACGAUCUGCACGCUGAGCUGCCUGAGUUCCAGGCAAUGCACAAGAAAUUCAGGGAGGAGGAAUUGAUGGAGCGUCCAAUCGUCAUCAAGAGCGUCAAGCCGCUUGUUGGAUUCUAUAGAAACUAG